UCAUUAACUUUUGUAAAUAAAUAGGUUAAGUGAUUGUUUCAACAAUACUAAUGUUGCCCACUAAAGGGUAUUUUCAGGAUAUUGAAUGUCCUUAUUAUAAUAGUUCGUGCGGUAGACCAUACUGUCACUUUAGACAUCGAAAAAAACAAUCCGAACAUGUCGAAGAAGUUGUUGCCGCAUCGGAAAAUGAAACAAUUCCUGUGGUACCUACAUAUAAACCAACUCCAAAAAGUCAACUGGCAAACAUUCAGAAUAUUAGAAGUCACAUACCGAUCAGUUACGUACCGGAUCUAGCAUUUAGAUCAGACAAAAAAUAUAGGCCUACAACUAAAACAGAAAAUCCAACUUAUAAACCUACACCUUUGAGUAUUCUUUCUAGUGUUAAUAGGAAUCAGUCCCUGCAAGAUGGUAACAAGGAACAUAUAGAAGUAAUAAACGAGAUUAAACAAAAUAUAGCUAAUGUCGAAUAUGACCCUACAGUAUCAUUUCAACCUGCUCAAGAUAUAAACUUUGAAGAUUUAUCUAGUGAAUUUGAUUUAAUAGAUGAGAUAAUUAAUUGUACUGGCAAAACUUCCAAUGUAAAUAAUACUAACAAACAAAAAGGAUCAGUUAAUCAAAAGUCCACUAAUGACUACAGAAAAGAUGAUUCUGAAAAAACUAAGACUGAUAAAAGCAGUAAUUCCAUAACAGAUGUUUCAAAGAAGAAAGUAGAUGAUUCAUUCACAAUUGAACAUAAUGAAAAUGACAGAAAAAGUACAUUCAAGGAAAAUGUGAAUAAUAAAGAAUCUAGUCAUCAUCAAAAAAAUAAAGAAGGUAAAAGUCCAAAUCACGAAACGAAUCAAAAAGAUAAACAUAAAUUGAAAAACAAAGAGAAAGACUCUGGAAAAACAAAUAAGGACACAAAAGAACAUAAGGAUAAAGAUGCUUUAGAAACAUCAAAGAAAUCUAAAACAGAAUCAACAGAUGUGAAACAUAAAAGCAAGGAAAAGGAAAAAAGUAGAUCAGAAAGUAAAUCGAAAGAAGAAAAAUCACAUUCUAGCAAUAAGCAAGAUGAAAAAGAUCACCAUAAGGCUAAGACAAAAGGGAGUAGUGAAAAAAACAGUAGAAAUAAAAGUAAAGAUAGCAGCAAAAAAGAAAAAACUGUUCCUAAAGAAAGAAGCAGGAGUAGAAGUGCAGAACGCAAAAAGAAUAAAGGAACAAAUGAUGACUCUAGGAGCAGUAGUAAAGAGUACAAAAAAAAUAAAUCUGCAAGUAAAGAAAGAAGUAGAAGCAGAAGUAAAGAACGCAAAAAGAAUAAAUCUGCAAGUAAAGAAAGAAGUAGAAGCAGAAGUAAAGAACCCAAAAAGAGUAAAUCUACAAGUAAAGAAAGAAGCCGAAGUAGAAGUAGGGAACACAAAAAGAAAAAAGAAAAGGAAGCUAGCAAAGAAAGAAGUCGUAGUAGAAGUAAGGAGGGGAAACAUAAGAAAGAUAAGAAGAGAAGUAAAGAUAAAAGUCCUAGUGUAAGCAAGGAACAAAAAAAUAAGAAGGAAAGUGAUAAGAAGUUAAAAAAUAGUGGUAAAGGUGAGAAAGGUGAAAAAGAAAAAUUCAAGCAUAGUAAGUCUGGUGAAAAUAGUAAAUCUAGCAAUAACACAAAGUUAGAUGAUUUUGAUUUGUUUGAAAAUAACACUCUUGACUUUGACUCAGAUAUUGAACUCAAUGAGGAUGAAACAAUGCUAGAAUGUUACAGGAUAUUCAAUGAAUAUAAACCUGAAGAAGUGAAACCACAUCCUCAAGUUUCCCAAGAAGCAACACCUACAAUAAAUGUGGAGAACGAAUAUCAUGGCAAAAAACGAAUAGCACAUUCAAAUGUUGAUAUUUUAUUCAAUGUACCAAAACAUACACCAGUCAAACCAAAUAUUGUACAAACACCUGGUCAGAUAUUAGCCAAUAGAUACAAAUUGGCUAAACAAAUGCAAGCAAAUAGAGAGCAAGAGUUGCUCAUAAAUGAAGUUCAACAAACAACAGUGGUGAAGAGACCUGCACCUUCCCUUCUAGAAGCAGCUAGAGAGAGGAAGAGAAUGAGGGAAAUGGAAAAGCCGAAAAGUACAAACUUAGUAGAUGAUAUACUAAAAGGUACAAAGACAAUUACCUACACACCAACACAAAAGUUGAUGUCGAAAAAAAUUACUCCUGUUCACAAUGUUCUGGCAAUAACUAAAGCAAAAGCAAUGAUACCAAAAAUAAAUCCAGCAAAAUCUAUUAAAACGAUUGCACAGACUCAAAAAAGUGGCAGAGUAGCUCAUGUACCUGAUGUGUCAUUGAGUGAUAUUCCCGAUGUUUUCAAUGCAGAUAAAUCAAAACUUCCCAUCAAUGUUAGAACUCGAUUUUUAACAAUGAUUGCAGACGAAUGUGUUAAAAUGUAUAUAUCAAAAGAAGAAGCUUAUUCGCGAGCACUAAAAGAAGAAUUUAGUUGUUACGAAAAGUGUAAAGUAUUAACAUCAUAUAGAAACUCUGCAAUGUUAGCAGUUAAUAGGUUAAGGAAAGAAAUUCAAGAAAGAAAUAAAAACGGAUUAGGUCUUAUCGGUAUCGGUGAGGAUGAAGAAGGAAACACAGAAGAAAGUAAAGUGAAACAGUUUUAUAACCAAAUUAAAAAGUGGGUUUUAACUGAAGAAGAAUUGGAUAUACAUGGAUAUCCGAGGCAGACCAAUGAAUUUGGUGUUGCUAUUAUUAAAAAUUUCAAGAGUACAUUUCCAUCUAACCUAGAUGAAAAUCAAAGGAUAUGUUCAAGAUGUAACAAAAUAUAUCAGGUUGAUGAUGAUGGUUGGCCACUUUUCGAUGAAGAAUGCUGUUAUCAUCCUUUAAAAAAACGUACAAUACGGGGUGAACAAACUUACCUUUGCUGUAGAACAAGUGACGAAAUGGGUUGUGCCACAUCAGAUACCCACGUCUUCGAUGGCUACACUUCAGCUAAAUUAGAAGGAUUUCAAACAACCAUGGAUUCUGACAUUGAAGGAGAUCCAAGAAGUCACAGUGUUUAUGCGUUAGAUUGCGAAAUGUGCUAUACCACAAAAGGUUUAGAAUUGACUAGAGUGACAAUAGUGGACAUUGAAUGUAAAACUGUUUAUGAAUCUCUAGUGAAACCCCUCAAUCCAAUCAUAGAUUAUAAUACCAGAUUUUCCGGUAUAACCAAAGAACAAAUGGACAAAACUAGUACCAGUAUUCUUCAAGUUCAAGCCAAUAUAUUGCACUUGUGUAACUCUAUGACUAUUUUAGUAGGACACAGUUUGGAAUCUGAUAUGAAAGCUUUGAAAAUUGUACACGGAAUGAUCGUCGACACUUCGGUGUUGUUUCCACAUAAAAUGGGACUGCCUCAUAAGAGAGCUUUAAGAGUUCUAGCUAGUGAGUAUCUUCGCAAGAUUAUACAGAAUGAUAUAAGUGGCCAUGACAGUGCCGAGGAUGCUGUGACUUGUAUGGAACUAUUGAAGUGGAAAUUAAAAUCAGACGCGAAAAUUAAACAUUCUUAGUUGUAUUGCGAUGUAUUAUUUGUUAAAAUUGAUUUCGGCAAAACUUCUUUUCUCAUUUAAAAGGUCUAAUAUAUAAAUUGAAACUAAAGGAACCUGAAUGUUAUUUCGAUUGUGUUUCCUUCAAUUAAUGGAUCAAAUCUAGUAGUUGAAUAACUAUUGUUACUAAAAUAAUUUUGUUUUCUGAAUUUUGAUUUCAUUUUUCCAAUUUAUGUGUAAGAGGGUAUCGUUUUAAUUUUCAUAAUGUGUUAAAUGGUUUUAACUAUUAGAUUUGUGCAAUUUUCAAUCAUUUUGAGAAUUUUAUAGUGUUUCUUUUUCAUUUGGUUCCUUAUUCGAUUAUUGUCUUCUUAGUCCUUUCUUAUGUAUUCUAUUUCGAUUGCUCUAAAUGUUAAAACUGGUCUGUACAUCACAUGAUUUUUUUCUAAGUUUCCUAUUCAUCUGUAUAUUUGAAUAAAAAAGGAGUGAAAACAGAUUUUGAUCUAAAAAACAAUUAGAAGAUCUGUUUUAAAACCAGUAUUUCCUUUUCUAGACAUGUUUCGAAUCUCAUAGCUGUUUCCUAUUUUUUGGUUUUGUUUUCCAGUCUUGAAUUCCUCUCUCUGCGUACCAUAUUUUCCUUUAUUUGUUCUUUCUCAGCCAUAAUUUUCCUGUCUUUUUACCCCCUGAGUAAUUUCCUUUCUCAUAUAUAUAUAUAUAUCUAAUUUCUCUUCCUCUGCUUUGUUAAGAUUCCACAUAACACACUGUUGGUCUUAUUAUUGUUUUAUGGAGAUGUUUUUCUGGAGAUUUUUUAGAACUUAUCUAAUUUAGUGCUCCCAAUCGUUUACUUUCCUUCGUUAUCCUUGCUUCUAUGUUUCCUCAAUCGUUACCGUAGUCCUUGAUGUUUCUAUGAAGACUUGGCAAAAUUCCUUCAGCUCGUUCUGUGGUUUCGAAAGGAUUUCUACUAUGCCAGUAGUUAUGAUGUUCUGAUUAAACCGAUAAACUGUGUUAAAUCAGUGGUGGCUUGAGUUGUGCUACAAUAUGUAUACAUAGGUUGUGUGCAGUAUUGCGGAAACUUUUAUUUCGAUUUUCUAUAUAUUGAGACACAUGGAUCAUUGCCAAAUAGACAUACUUUCCACUGGUGAUCUUUCCAACCUAUACUUUUGCUCUUCGAUGCAUUAGGUCCUGUUGCAGGCAUUCUAAAAAUCCUCCGUUACCAUCACAAUAAUUGUGCACAACCUUUAGGGGGUAAUAUUAUGGUUUUGGUUAACUUCGGGGGGAGUUUUGAAGUUUUAAUUUUAAAAUAAACCGUUUGAUGUGUUUUAGUACAUUCUAAUGUUAACACAGAAGGUGGAAAUAUCACGUGACAAUAAAAUUGAAUCAGUACUUAGUUCUUUUAUUAAAAGAUUUAAGACGAUUUUUUGUUGGGGAGUGUAUGUGUUGUAUUAUUCUGUCAUCUAUCAUUUUUUUUGCUAUCUACAUCUUAUUUUGUAUUUAUAAAUGUUUUUAUAAUCAAAAUCUAAUUCUAAGGUUAUUGAAAAAAAUUAUUAUCAACCUAAUAUACUGGAUGUCCCAUUAGACAAAACGCAGAAAGACCUUUUAAUAGAAAACGAUGCUUUUGUCGAAGAUCCUUCUCUUCUUAUUGUAUAUAUAAGAUUUAAUUUAUUUUUUUUUAUUAAUAUUCUUUUUUUCAGUGAUAAAUAUUAAUUUUAUAAAUUUUUAUUCAUUUAUAAUUAGUACAUUGAAAAUUUUUUCAUGUUCAAUUUUGAGUUUAUUUUGUUAAUUAAGAUAAUAAAUACAUUGACUAGCAAAUAUUGUAAAAUGCCUCAAUGUAUAGUGAUGUUUAUGAAGA